UGUGGGGCCCUGACAUUCUGUUGCCUGACCACAUGCAUUAUUUUUGAACUGGCCCCCAGAUCCUGCCUCUAGCCCUGCCUCUUAACUUUUCCUGGGAAUCAGCCACCUAGGGUCUUCAUUUCUACCCUCCUGCUCCCUGGUCACAGCAGUGGAACAUCCAUCUGCCUGCAAUCCCUGCCCCCAGAGACUGGUGGCCUCCUCCCCUCAAGGGCCCACGAUGUCGCUGCCUUUCUACCAGAGGUCCCACCAGCACUAUGAUCUGAGCUACCGUAACAAGGACCUCCGCACCACCAUGAGCCACUACCAACAGGAGAAGAAGCGCUCCGCCAUCUACACCCAUGGCUCCACCGCCUACAGCAGCCGCUCCUCGGCGGCACACCGCCAGGAGUCAGAAGCCGUUAGUCAGGCAUCAGCAGCCUCCUACCAGCAGCAGGCCGCUCAGGCCUACAGUCUUGGAGCAUCCCAGUACUCUCGAGAGUCUGGGGUCAGCCGGAAGACAGCCUUGGCGUAUGAUUAUGGCUACUCCCACGGACUAACAGAUUCCAGUCUGCUGUUAGAAGAUUAUUCAUCCAAGUUGAGUCCCCAAACAAAGAGAGCCAAGCGGAGCCUUCUGUCUGGAGAGGAGACAGAAAACCUGCCAGGCAACUACAUGGUGCCUAUUUACUCUGGACGCCAAGUGCACUUCAGUGGCGUUAGAGACACAGAAGAAGAAAGAAUCAAAGAGGCUGCUGCUUACAUAGCUCAGAGGACUCUUCUUGCAAGCCAGGAAGAAAUCUCAGCCUCCAAGAAGUCCACAGCCUCCAAGCAGUCCAGAGUAUCCAAACAGGCCACGUCCACCCUUCAACGAGAGGAAACAUUCGAAAAGAAGUCGAGGAACGCUGCAAUCCGAGAAAAAGCAGAAGAGCUGUCACUGAGGAAGACAUUAGAAGAGACCCAAGCAUAUCAUGGAAAGCUAAAUGAAGACCAUCUACUCCACGCUCCUGAGUUUAUCAUUAAACCUCGUUCUCACACAGUUUGGGAGAAAGAGAAUGUGAAAUUACACUGCUCCGUAGCGGGCUGGCCGGAACCUCGUCUCACAUGGUAUAAAAACCAGGUGCCUAUAGAUGUCCAUGCAAACCCGGGAAAGUACAUCAUUGAAAGUCGAUAUGGAAUGCAUACUCUCGAGAUCAACAAGUGUGACUUUGAAGACACAGCUCAGUACCGGGCCUCAGCGAUGAAUGUUCAAGGAGAGCUCUCGGCAUAUGCCUCGGUCGUGGUGAAGAGAUACAAGGGGGAACUGGACGAAUUUCGCCUCCAUGCUGGAGCGUCCAUGCCUCUCAGCUUUGCUGUGACCCCUUACGGUUAUGCUUCCAAGUUUGAGAUCCACUUUGAUGACAAGUUUGAUGUGUCUUUUGGGAGAGAAGGAGAGACGAUGAGUCUGGGCUGUCGUGUAGUCAUCACUCCUGAAAUUAAACAGUUCCAGCCGGAGGUCCAGUGGUAUAGAAACGGGUCACCCGUUUCUCAGUCACAAUGGGUCCAAACGCAGUGGAGUGGAGACCGGGCAACACUCACAUUCUCUCACCUCAACAAGGAAGACGAAGGCCUCUACACAAUCCGCGUGCGAAUGGGAGAGUAUUAUGAACAAUACAGCGCAUAUGUCUUUGUUCGAGAUGCUGAUGCAGAGAUUGAAGGAGCCCCGGCAGCGCCCUUGGAUGUGGUGUCUUUGGAUGCUAACAAAGAUUACAUCAUCAUCUCUUGGAAGCAGCCAGCUGUGGAUGGAGGGAGCCCUAUCCUGGGAUACUUUAUUGAUAAGUGUGAGGUGGGCACAGAGAGCUGGUCUCAAUGCAACGACACACCUGUGAAGUUUGCUCGGUUUCCAGUCACUGGUUUGAUAGAGGGUCGUUCCUACAUAUUCCGAGUGCGAGCUGUGAACAAAACUGGAAUAGGCCUGCCGUCUCGAGUUUCUGCGCCCGUGGCUGCUCUGGACCCAGCUGAGAAAGCUAGACUUAAAAGUCGCCCUUCAGCACCCUGGACCGGACAGAUCAUUGUCACGGAAGAGGAACCUGCUGAGGGUGUCAUUCCUGGUCCCCCCACAGACCUCUCUGUCACUGAGGCCACCCGGAACUACGUAGUGCUGAGCUGGAAACCCCCUGGCCAGCGUGGUCACGAGGGCAUUAUGUACUUUGUAGAAAAGUGUGACGUGGGAACAGAAAACUGGCAACGUGUCAACACAGAACUCCCAGUAAAGUCUCCUCGCUUUGCUCUGUUCGACUUGGUGGAGGGGAAGUCUUACCGCUUCCGUGUCCGCUGUUCAAAUUCAGCAGGAGUCGGCGAACCAUCAGAGGCAACAGAAGUGACUGUCGUAGGGGACAAACUUGAUAUCCCCAAGGCCCCUGGCAAAAUCAUCCCAAGUAGGAAUACAGAUACCUCAGUGGUGGUUUCCUGGGAGGAGUCCAAAGAUGCCAAAGAACUAGUUGGGUACUACAUCGAGUCCAGUGUGGUUGGCUCUGGCAAGUGGGAGCCCUGCAACAACAACCCUGUGAAGGGCUCACGAUUUACUUGUCACGGAUUGGCCACUGGUCAGAGCUACAUUUUCCGGGUCAGAGCAGUGAACGCAGCUGGACUUAGCGAAUAUUCCCAGGAUUCGGAAGCUAUUGAAGUCAAAGCUGCGAUUGGGGGAGGAGUGCCUCCAGAUGUGUGGCUUCAACUGAGUGAUGCGCCUGGCGGACUAACAGACUCCAGGGGGGGCGUGAAUGGAGCCUCCCCUCCAGCCUCUCAAAAAGAUGCUUUGCUCAGUAGCCAACCUAACAAACCUUCACCACCCAGUAGCCCUUCCAGCCGGGGCCAGGCAGAAGUGAGUAAAGUAAGUGAAUCAGUUCAGGAGGAGCUCAGCCCGCCGCCACAGAAGGCAGCUCCCCAGGAGCAAAGUAGACCCGAGCCCCCGAAAAAGAAGAAGGACCCUGUAGCCGCACCGUCUCCACCCUAUGACAUCACUUGCAUUGAAAGUUUUCGUGACUCAAUGGUUCUUGGAUGGAAGCAACCAGACGCGACUGGAGGGGCAGAGAUUACGGGCUAUUAUGUGAACUAUCGCGAGGUGAUCGGUGGGGUGCCUGGAAAAUGGAGAGAAGCCAACGUCAAGGCCGUCAGCGACGCAGCAUACAAGAUUAGCAACUUGAAGGAAAACACAGUGUACCAGUUCCAAGUGUCAGCCGUGAACAUCGCGGGGCUGGGAGCACCCUCUGCAGUGAGUGAGUGCUUCAAGUGUGAGGAAUGGACCAUCGCUGUACCAGGUCCACCACACAGCCUGAAGAUCAGUGAGGUCAGGAAGAACUCCCUGGUUCUCCAGUGGAAGCCUCCAGUCUACUCCGGUCGCACUCCAGUCACUGGCUACUUUGUGGACCUGAAGGAAGCCAGUGCCAAAGAUGACCAGUGGCGAGGUCUCAAUGAGGCAGCCAUUGGGAACAAGUACCUGAGGGUGCAAGGACUCAAAGAGGGUGUUGGCUACGUGUUCCGAGUCCGGGCCAUCAACCAGGCAGGCGUUGGAAAGCCUUCUGAUCUUGCUGGCCCUGUUGUGGCAGAAACACGCCCAGGUACCAAAGAGGUCGUUGUAACUGUGGAUGACGAUGGAGUCAUUUCCUUGAACUUUGAAUGUGAUCAGAUGACUCCCAAGUCAGAAUUCGCCUGGUCCAAAGAUUACAUACCUACUGAUGACUCUCCACGAUUAGAGGUUGAAAGCAAAGGCAAUAAGACAAAAAUGACCUUCAAAGACCUCGGGACAGAUGACUUGGGCAUCUAUUCUUGCGAUGUGACAAACACUGAUGGGAUAGCAUCAAGCUACUUGAUAGAUGAAGAAGAAAUGAAACGUCUACUUGCCCUCAGUCAGGAGCACAAGUUCCCAACUGUCCCAACUAAGUCAGAGUUGGCAGUUGAAAUUUUGGAGAAAGGUCAGGUCCGGUUUUGGAUGCAGGCUGAGAAGCUGUCUGGAAAUGCCAAAGUCAACUACAUAUUUAAUGAGAAGGAAAUUUUUGAAGGGCCGAAAUACAAGAUGCAUGUUGACCGAAAUACUGGCGUGAUUGAAAUGUUCAUGGAGAAGCUGCAGGAUGAGGAUGAGGGGACAUACACAUUCCAGAUUCAAGACGGGAAAGCAACCGGCCAUUCUACUCUUGUUCUCAUCGGUGAUGUUUAUAAGAAACUCCAGAAAGAAGCUGAGUUCCAGCGACAAGAAUGGAUCAGGAAACAAGGCCCACAUUUUGCUGAGUACCUGAGCUGGGAAGUGACUGGUGAAUGUAACGUACUGUUGAAAUGCAAGGUAGCAAAUAUUAAAAAAGAGACUCACAUUGUGUGGUACAAAGAUGAGCGGGAGAUAUCAGUGGAUGAGAAGCAUGACUUCAAGGAUGGCAUUUGUACCCUGCUCAUCACAGAGUUCUCCAAGAAAGAUGCUGGAUUUUAUGAAGUUAUCCUGAAAGAUGACCGAGGGAAAGACAAGAGCAGAUUGAAACUUGUGGAUGAAGCCUUCCAAGAACUGAUGACUGAAGUAUGCAGGAAGAUAGCUUUGUCUGCUACAGACCUGAAGAUCCAGAGCACUGCGGAGGGCAUCCGGCUGUACUCCUUUGUCACUUACUACCUGGACGAUUUGAAAGUUAACUGGUCCCACAAUGGCACCGGCAUUAAGUACACAGACAGAGUUAAGAGCGGCGUCACCGGGGAGCAGAUCUGGCUGCAGAUCAAUGAGCCCACUCCAAAUGACAAAGGGAAAUACGUAAUGGAGCUCUUUGAUGGCAAGACUGGACACCAGAAGACCGUGGACCUUUCUGGACAAGCAUUUGAUGAGGCCUUUGCUGAAUUCCAGAGGUUAAAACAAGCUGCCAUUGCCGAAAAAAAUCGGGCCCGGGUGUUGGGCGGUCUCCCUGAUGUUGUCACCAUCCAGGAAGGCAAGGCGCUCAAUCUCACUUGUAACGUGUGGGGCGACCCAACCCCUGAGGUGUCGUGGAUGAAAAACGAGAAGCCGCUGGCCUCGGAUGACCACUGCAGCCUCAGGUUUGAGGCCGGGAAGACCGCCUACUUCACCAUCUCAGGCGUGAGCACCGCAGAUUCCGGCAAGUACGGUCUGGUGGUGAAAAACAAGUACGGCUCAGAGACGAGCGACUUCACUGUCAGUGUCUUCAUCCCGGAGGAGGAGGCGAGGAAGGGCCCAUCGGAGCCCCAGAAAGGCAACCAGAAGUCCAAGUGAGCAGAGACCGGGUGGAGCUUCGAGGAGAGCCAGGACCAGCUCACACCCACCGGGCUGCUGUUGUGGAAAUGAUUUGAGUUACCGACGGGUGGGGGGAGUCCCACUGUUGUCUUCCUGUUUUGUGCUGGCUUGGGAAGAAGUUAUAAAAAGCCUCUUAUUCAUUUACACGAGGCCCCAGUUAACGACACUUUAAGGGUUUUUUUCAUCUGCGGUUUGUAUAGUUAAAAAAAAAAUCUUAGGAAAUGGUUUCAGGGAUGAAGGCCAGGAAAUGUGGGAGAGAUGCUGAGUGAGAGAAGGAGGAGAGGGGCAGAGUUGGAAGCAGACGAAGUUUUACCUGUUAAGUUCUUAGGAGUUGUGUCUACACUUGGCGUUUGGUCGAAACGGAAGCAUGCCGUUCAGGCCGUGAGUGUGGUUGGUCACUGUUACUGUAGUGGCUGUGCAGCCUGGUGAUGUGGCCUCCCUCAGUGUGAAUAAAGAGCCUCCUACCCUUCCUCUCC